CUUGACAGGAGCGUCCAGACGUGCAGUGGUGUCCGACCGGUGUCCACGAGUCUAUUCCCGGUGAUAAUAAUUUAUAGUGACUUUUGUCAUCAUAUACAAUAACCAAGAUGGCGCCUAUCCCAGUAACGGAAGACAGGUUGACGUCAGGACACCGGCUGUCUCACCCUCCGCCCGGUGAAGAGGUCCUCAUCACUGGCGUGUCUGGAUAUUUCCCGGAUUCAGACUCAGUGAUGCAUUUACAGGAAAACCUUUUUAAUAAGGUUGAUUUGAUUUCGGGCGACGCCCGGCGAUGGAAGCUCGCUCACCCAGAAAUCCCUCAAAGGACUGGCAAGAUCAACAAUGUAGACAAGUUUGACGCGUCGUUCUUUGGUGUUCACUACAAGCAGGCACACACGAUGGAUCCUAUGUGCAGGAUACUGUUGGAGAAGGCGUAUGAAGCUGUCAUUGACGCAGGUGUAAACCCAAAGGAGCUUCGUAAUACGAAAACUGGAGUUUUUGUCGGCGCCUGCUUCUCAGAGUCUGAGAAGACUUGGUUCUACGAGAAAAUGCAGGUGAACGGCUUCGGAGUUACUGGAUGUUCCCGUGCCAUGCUCGCCAACCGUAUCUCCUACUGGCUGGGAGUCACCGGUCCGUCCUACACCGUGGACUCGGCCUGCUCCAGUUCCUUGUAUGCUCUGGAACACGCCUUCAGAUCAAUUCGUGAUGGUCACUGUGAUGCUGCUAUUGUGGGCGGCUCUAACCUCUGCUUACAUCCUUAUGUGUCUCUGCAGUUCUCCAGAUUGGGAGUUUUGUCACUUGACGGAAAAUGCAAGAGUUUUGACAACAGCGCGAAUGGCUACGCACGCUCGGAGGCAAUUGUUGUUUGCUUUUUACAAAAAGCCAAGGACUCUAGAAGGGUUUACGCCCAAUUACUGCACGCUAAAACCAACUGCGACGGUUACAAAGAGCAGGGUAUCACCUACCCAGCCGGAAACAUCCAGAAACUUCUACUCAGCGAGUUCUACGAGGAAUGCUCCAUCGUGCCAAGCGAAUUAGAAUUUGUUGAAGCCCACGGAACUGGUACAAAGGUCGGAGACCCGGAAGAGUUGAAGGCCAUCGAUGAAAUCUUCUGCACAGGAAGGUCAGAGCCGCUCAAGAUUGGAUCAAUCAAGUCAAACCUGGGUCACAGUGAACCCGCUUCUGGCCUUUGCUCCAUUGCUAAACUCUGUAUUGCGUAUACCACGGGAUACAUUCCGCCAAACUUACACUACAACACACCAAGAGAAGGUGUACCAAGUCUCAACGAAGGUCGCCUGCAAGUGGUCAGCACGAAGACACCCUGGAACCGAGGGAUGGCCGGCAUCAACUCAUUUGGUUUUGGAGGUGCCAACGCUCACGUUCUCUUGAAGAAUGUGGCGAGACCUAAGAUUAAUAACGGAAUCCCUAAUGACGAUCUACCACGACUUGUGUGCGUCUCUGGUCGAACUGAGUCAGCAGUCGCGAAGAUCUUGGAUGACGUGGAGUCGAGGACGGUUGAUAUUGAGCUCGUGAAACUACUUCAUACAAUCCACAAUGAUGAUAUUGCAGGACAUGUCGUACGAGGAUAUACUCUACUAGGUUCUACACCGACAAAGGCAGUGUCGCUGUCACGAAGUGUACAGUACUUCUCCGGAGUGCGGCGCCCAGUUUGGUUCGUGUACAGUGGCAUGGGGUCACAGUGGGCCGGAAUGGCAACAGAGCUCAUGAGGAUACCAGUCUUUGCUGCUGCCAUUGAUAAAUGCCACAAAGCUUUGGAGCCGAAGGGUAUCAAUCUGACGAAGAUCAUAACGGAGCCGGAGCCCAGGAUCUACGAUAACAUUCUGAACUCCUUCAUCGGCAUCGCGGCCGUUCAGAUUGGUCUCACUGACGUCUUGAAGGCUGUUGGGAUUGAACCAGACUAUAUAAUUGGUCAUAGUGUCGGUGAAUUGGGUUGCGCGUACGCAGACGGUUGCUUCACAGCUGAGCAGAUGAUCCUGGCUGCGUACAGCCGCGGGCUGGCUUCUGUCGAGACGCCCUUCAUCAAAGGAUCCAUGGCUGCCGUGGGAUUGGGAUACAGUCAAAUCAAGUCAGUAUGCCCUCCUGAAGUAGAGGUGGCUUGUCACAACGGCCCCGACUCCUGCACUAUUUCUGGCCCAGCUGCUAUCAUGAAGAUAUUCGUUGAGAGACUGGUUGAGAAGGGCGUGUUUGCCAAAGAAGUCCCUUGUUCCAAUAUCGCCUACCACUCCCGUUACAUUGCUGAAGCUGGUCCAACACUGCUGAAGUAUUUGAAAGAAGUUAUUCCAAGCCCAAAGCCACGAUCGGAGAAGUGGGUCUCAACAUCUGUUCCUCAAGCUCUCUGGAAGGACCCCAAGGCAUCAUUGUCCUCAGCUGAAUACCACACGAACAAUUUAUUGAGUCCGGUUCUCUUCGAAGAAACAUCUCGUCUUAUCCCACAAAAUGCCGUCACCAUUGAGAUCGCACCACAUGGGCUCUUGCAAGCGAUCCUCCGUCGCUCUCUGAAGAAGGACGUCGUUAAUAUUGCUCUCACCAAGAAGGGCGAAAACAAUGUUGAUAUACUCCUUGCAGCGCUGGGCAAGCUAUACGAAGUUGGAAUGAACCCUCAGUUAGCAAACAUUUACCCUCAUGUACCGUUCCCGGUAUCCCUGGAGACUCCCAUGCUUUCACAUCUCGUUGAAUGGGAGCACAGUGAAGAUUGGUACGUAACAUCAUACAAGGCCCAAGAGAAGAUGAAGUCAGGGGAACGGACAGUCAGGAUGUCCAUCGCUGACGAGGACGCUGAGUACAUCGCCGGACACGUUGUUGAUGGUCGUAACUUGUACCCUGCUACUGGUUACCUGGUAUUAGUCUGGGAGACUCUGGGAAUGAUGAUGGGAGAGCUGUACACCGAAGUGUCGGUUGUUUUCGAAAACGUUCGAUUCCAAAGAGCUACCAACGUGCCCAAAGAAGGAAACUUGGAGUUCAUUGUAAUGAUUCAGAAGGGUAGCGGCAAUUUUGAGGUUGUGGAAAGUGGCGCAUCUAUAGUUACUGGUCGCAUCUAUCACAAGAAGAAUAUUGGUAAAGAGUAUAGAGUUUUGAAGCCGGCACCAGAAGCCACUGGACCUAAUGUCAAACAUCUGCUUACCAAGGACUUCUACAAGGAAUUGAGACUUAGAGGAUAUCAAUACAGUGGUUUGUUCCGUGGUGUUCUUGGUUCCAACAUCGAGGGUACUAGAGGGCGUGUCGCCUGGGUCAACAACUGGGUUACAUUUAUGGACUGUAUGCUACAAAUGAAGAUUGUUGGUAACGAUACCCGUGGUCUCUUUGUUCCGACCAGAAUUGAGAAGCUUAGUAUCGAUGCCAAUAUGCAUUAUGACGCUAUUUCCAAAAUGAAUCCCGAUUCCAAUAGGCAAUCGUUUGAAAUCAGAGUCUACCCAGACGUUGAUGUCAUCAGGGCUGGAGGAGUAGAAUGCAGGGGACUACAUGCAACACCUAUAUCGAAAAAGAUACCUUUGGGAAUUCCAGUGCUAGAAAAGAACGAAUUCAUUCCGAACUUCGGAGAUAAAAAGAUGAAGGUCGAAGACAUACUGAGAGCAAACAUUCAAUUGAUACUAGAGAAUGUUCAGACUUAUAAAGUAAAAAGCAUCGAGUUAGUUGACGAAGAAUACAAGUUAAAUAACUAUGAGCCAAUAAUUACUAAAGUUUCUGAUGUCCUUGAAGAUCUUCCUCUGGUUCAGCCAGAACUGUUGCUCUUUAGUGAAGAAGCGAUUGAGAUGCCAGCUGACAUAACUGUUGAAAAUAAGAAAUUAUCUGCAGAGAGUAAUGUUAUUCUAUUUAUUGGCGCAAAUCUCUUUAAAAGGCCAGAGAUUCUUCAGCAAGCCGUUUCCACUCUGCGCGAAAAAUGUUUCAUAAUAAGUCGUGAAAAAGAUCGCCCUAAUCCAAAAGAUUAUUCUGACAAAUUUGACAUAAUAACAAUACAAGAUACAGGCGCUGAAUACUUAGUUCUCUUCAGAAAGCGAGUAGGAGCUAAGCCGGCAAAAUUCGUAAAAGUUGUGACGCAUGAUCCUACUUUUGCUUGGAUAGAUAAACUUAAAGAAGAAUUAAAAGCCGGCCAAAAAGUGGUUGUGUAUAACAGUGAUGAGCCUCUCAACGGCCUCUUAGGUUUAGUCAACUGUUUAAGGAGGGAACCUGGAGGUGAGAUUGUCAGUGGUCUUUUAAUUGCCGACCCUUCUGCUCCAGCGUUUAAUCCAGAUUUGGAGUUUUAUGAAGAACAAUUAGAUAAAGACUUAGCGAUAAAUGUUUAUCAGGAGGGUAAAUGGGGUACUUAUCGCCAUUUGCUUCUUGGAGAUUUAGAUACUGUCCGUGCAAACCAUGCCUUCGUAAAUACGGUGACCAUUGGGGAUCUCUCAAGUCUUCGGUGGCUGGAAGGGCCAAUCAAAGCUGAUACAGUUUUUAAAACUCCGACUAGUGUCCUUGUUCACGUGUACUGUGCAGCUCUGAACUUCCGUGACGUCAUGACGGCCAUGGGUCGCGUCACUGUUGACGCUGUUGCUCGCGGGAGACUUGCACAAGAAUGUGUUCAAGGUUUCGAAGUCGUUGGACGGACUCCAAAUGGAUCCCGCGUAAUGGGAAUGGUCCGUAACAGUGGUCUUGCCAACAUGGUGGAAGGAGACCAGGCUUUGCUGUGGAGUAUUCCUGAUGAAUGGACAUUCGAAGAAGCCGCGACUGUACCGGUCGCUUAUGGAACGGUGUACUACGCAAUGGUAAUGGUUGGUCAAAUGCAACGCGGUGAAUCUGUGCUCAUUCAUGCUGGUUCUGGAGGUGUCGGCCAAGCUGCAAUCAAUGUAGCUUUGCAUUACGGUUGCGAGGUGUUCACCACGGUCGGUACAGCAGAGAAGAGAGCCUUCAUCAAGAAGCUCUUCCCCCAGCUUAAAGAUAGUCACAUUGGUAACUCCCGUGAUACAUCUUUUGAAGACAUGAUUCGUCGGGAAACAAAUGGCAAAGGAGUAGAUUUGGUUCUUAACUCUCUGUCUGAUGAGAAACUUCAGGCUUCAGUUCGAUGCCUCGGCUAUCGAGGUCGUUUCCUUGAAAUCGGAAAAUUCGACAUCAGUAACAACACACCGAUAGGCAUGUAUUUCUUCCUUAAGGAGACAUCCUUCCACGGCAUCAUGUUGGACUACAUCUUCGAUCAAGACGUCGAGUUCAGAAAGCUUCUUCAUAAUCUUUUGCUGACGGGUAUUCAGACGGGUGGAGUUCGGCCUCUCACGUACACAACAUUCCAUAAAGAUGAAGUUGAAACUGCCUUCAGAUAUAUGGCAUCUGGAAAACACAUCGGAAAGGUGAUUAUCAAAAUCCGUGAAGAAGAGCGUUCCAGUACCCGCCCAGUGACCCCCGGGCCCUUGCCGUUCGACGCUGUACCAAGAUACAUGUGCACCUCAUCCAAGGUGUACAUAGUGGUUGGAGGUCUGGGUGGGUUUGGCCUGGAGCUGGCAGACUGGCUCAUCCUGCGAGGAGCUCGCCAGGUGCUGCUCACUUCACGCCGAGGUAUCACAAAUGGAUACCAAUCAUCGAGGUUGAGGGCGUGGGCUGGUUACGGUGCCAAUGUUCAAAUAUCUACGGAUGACAUUACAACUGAAGAAGGCUGUGAAAAAAUGUUGAAAAUGGCUAAUGAUAUGGGUACAGUGGAAGCCAUAUUCAACUUGGCUGUGAUUCUAAAAGAUUCCAUCUUCCAAAAUCAAACACCAGAAACCUUUAGGACUUCUUUCGCUCCGAAGGCGAUAGCCACAAUGAACUUGGACAAAUUGUCAAGAAAGCUAUGUCCGAACCUGAACGACUUCGUUAUAUUCUCAUCGGUUUCGUGCGGCCGUGGUAACGCCGGCCAAACCAACUACGGAAUGUCCAAUUCUGUGAUGGAGAGAAUAUGCGAAUGGAGAAAGAAGUUGGGACUUCCCGCAAUGGCUGUUCAAUGGGGAGCUGUUGGAGAUGUGGGUCUUGUCGCUGACAUGCAAGACGAAGACGUCCAACUGGAGAUCGGAGGAACCCUGCAGCAGAGGAUCUCAUCCUGUCUCCUCGCACUCGACAAGUUCCUCAAACAAGACGCUGUAAUCGUUUCUUCCAUUGUCGUGGCUGAGAAGAGAGCCGGAGGCACUGGAUGUGGAAACAUUGUUGACGCUGUUGCCCAGAUUAUGGGUAUCAAAGAUAUGAAGACCGUAUCACACCAAGUAUCCCUGGCCGAGCUCGGUAUGGACAGUAUGAUGGCCAUUGAGAUCAAACAGACGCUGGAAAGAGAGUUCGAAGUGUUCCUGACUGCUCAAGACAUUAGAACCCUAACCUUCGCCAAGUUGGUUGAGCUGACAGCAGAAAGGGAAGCCGCUGCCUCUACAUCAGCAUCAGCUCAGCCAGUGGUGGCAGAAGGUGCCGUAGGGCUCAGGGUCCUAAUGAGGAACUUCGGUGAUGAAAAGAUUGCCAAUGAGCCGUUCGUAUACGUUCCUACGAUGGUUAGCGAUGGAAAUGAGAAUGAAAUAACAAUUAAUGAAGACGAGAAAGUAAUGUUUGUAUUACCCGGAAUAGAAGGCUGUUCGUCCGCAAUGGAACAGCUUUGCAAACGGCUCAAGAUCAAGAUAUGUGUGCUGCAACUUGGAUGCUCUAAAGAGGAAGAAAACCUAGAACAGCUGGUCACCAGACUCUAUACGACAAUAAAAUCUCGUCUUGUUCCUGGAGCGCCAUUCAUUCUACUGGGUUACAGUUUCGGCACAUUGCCAAUGUUUCAGCUGGCUAAUCUAUUGGAGAACGAAGGUCAUGAGGGCAUAGUAUUCUGUGUGGACGGAGCACCAGACUUCCUAUACGCUCUUCUCUCGUUGACUUUGAAGUUCCAGAAUGAAAAAGAUCUACAAAAUAAGCUCCUUUGCCACGCCAUAGACAUAGUAGCACCAAACAAUACUGUCACAGGAUCCCUAGCUGCUAAACUAAACGAAAUAGAAUCAUACCACGACAGAGUACAGCACGCUUUGAGUGUAUGUCCAGUGCAAACCAACUAUUCUAACGAUUUUACUGGUGCAAUGGCCAUUUCUUGUUACUACAGAAUAAAAAUGGUUGUUAAUAUGAAAGCAGAGGACAAAAAGAAGAUCAAAUCACCGGUUGUUUUGUUGCGUCCUAAAGAAAACUUUGGGCUGGUAGCACUUGAAGAUAAUUAUGGCUUAGAUAAAAUGACUGAUGGUGGGGUUACAGUCCACUUCUUAGAAGGCAAUCAUGUGACAAUUGUCGAGAAUAAGGACUGUGCCAAUAUUAUAAAUAGGACUUUAAUACAGGGAGUCCAGGAAGGCAAGCCUGCUGGCGUUGUAACAAGCAUUGUUGAAAACCAGCGUACUGUAAAGGCGUAGAAUCAAAAAGCAAAUACUAUAAUGUUAAUUGUUAUAUCUAUUUAACUAAGUUGCAUUAAUCGUACACGAGAAAUAUCAGUCUUCUUUCAUAUUACAUUUGAACUAGCGCCAAACUUAAAAUUACAUUAGAUUAUUGAUGUUUUGAUUCUAAAUGAAAAUGGCUUGCAAAAGUAUUUAUACUUUCAAUAAUUUAUAUUAUUUAAGUAUACAUAUAUUAUCUUUGUUGAUGAAAUGUCACAAUACUAUUGUUAAUAUAUAAAUUUUAAAGUUGAAUUUUCUAUACCCAUUAUUUUUUGUAAUGAUUACGUUUGAAUUAAUUGUUGUGAAUAGGUAAUGAUGGAAAUAAGUUAUUUUUUAUUUAUUAUUACUUCCUCAAGGGGACCAGUACCGAAACAAAUAAUCAUUAGUGUGAAAAUAUAUUUGUAUUAAAUUGUGUCAAUUUGUGUUAAUGUAAUGAAUUAUUUAAUAUUAAAAAUUAUUUAUUAUUUACUGUGUUCAGCGGGACCAUAUUUAUAAUCGGGUUAAGAACAAUAAAUUUUUACUAAAUAUAA